GAAGCGAUGGCGGCGGCCGAGGCCGAGUGGGAGCCGGCGGGGCUGCUGCCCGCCCCGGGGGGCGGCCUGGACUGGGAGGCUGUGCUGGGCGAGGAGCUGAGCGAGCUGCUGGGCGCCGCGGCCCCGAAGGACGAGCCCGACGAAAAUGAUCUUUAUAACUUUCAUUUUGAUUUGGAUUUGAUGUCUUGGGACUCGGACCUUUGGAAUAUUACGGGCCAUGCUUAUGCAGAUGCAAACGUGAAGACAGAGCCUUUAUCGCCAGCCGCUUCCAGCUGUUCGGUCCCUUCACCACCGGCUGUGGACUCCCCAGUGCAGAAUGUGCCUGAUGAUGUGGACUUCAGCUGUAGCUCCCAGAUGUCUCCCAUCUCUCUCUACAGCAAGAGCUGCAGAAGCCCUGCAUCCCCUGAAGGAGAUGGAGGGAAGAAGCCUGCUGUGAGCAUUUCUUCUCGAUCUGCAAAUAAUUCUGCAAGGAGCCUGAAGAAGUGUGGUCAGACAGUGUCCAGGCCUUUGAUACAACCCAAACCCCUUUUGCCUGCUGUGCCUGAAGCUCAGGCUAACAUUGGCAUCCCAGCUAAAACCAUCAUUAUUCAGACUCUUCCCACGCUUGUGCCACUGCCAAAGAAUCAGCCAGUUGUUAACAUCCAGCCAGCACCUCCUAAAGGUCCAUCUGUGGUGCUGCCCCAGCCUGCUGUGGUACAGCUCCAGGCUUCUGGGGUGCUUCCUGCCUCCCAGCCAGUCAUUGCAGUCACUGGAGGGGCCCCAGCACUUCAGAACCACACGGUGAAGGCUCUGUCUCCAGCUGCUGGGAACGGCUCCAGCAGCGGCAAAAUCCCGGUGACAAAGCCCUUGCUCCAGAGCAGCUCCCCGGCCAUGGGGCUGGAUGUCAAUGUCUUGAGGCGGCAGCAGCGCAUGAUUAAAAACCGUGAGUCAGCCUUUCAGUCACGCAAGAAAAAGAAGGAAUACAUGUUGGGACUGGAGGCCAGGCUGGAGGCAGCCCUGCUGGAGAAUGAGAAACUCAAGAAAGAAAACAGCACGCUGAAGAGGCAGCUGGAUGAAGUGGUACUAGAGAACCAGAAGCUCAAAGUAUCAUCUCCAAAGAGAAGGACACUCUGUGUGAUGGUGAUACUGGCCUUUAUAAUGUUGAAUUAUGGUCCAUUGAGUGUAUUUGAAAAGGAUCCCAAUGGAGUAGAUUCCACUGUGAGUUCUAACCACCGGACCAGAAAUCUUCUGGAGUUCUCAGCUCACCAGGAGUCCAGCACAGCUCAGAAGAUACCUGAGGGCAUUGUUUCAGAGAAGAGUAACAGGUAUGACCGUUCUGUAUCUGAUAACAAAGCACUAAUGAUAGUCUCAGAAGAACCACUGUUAUAUAUUUCACCACCACCACCCCCCUGCCGGCCUCUGAUCAACAGGACAGAGUCACUGAGGCUGACCCACGAGCUGCGAGGAUGGGUGCACAGGCACGAGGUGGAGCGCACGCGGUCGCGGCGCCUGAGCAACAGCCAGCAGCAGCGAGCGCGAGUCCCGCAGAGCUCUCUCAGUGACAAAGCAGAUUCCCAGCUAAUGGCCAUGCCUUACACAGACACCAGUCUCAGCAGGAACUCAGGGAAUGAGCUGCAAGUGUAUUAUGCCUCUCCAAGGAGCUAUCAGGACUUCUUUGAAGCGAUUCACCGAAGGGAAGAUACCUUCUAUGUGGUGUCAUUCCGCAGAGACCACCUGCUACUGCCAGCCACCACACAUAACAAGACCAGGAGACCAAAGAUGUCUAUAGUGCUGCCAGCUGUAAACAUCAAUGAGAAUGUGAUCAAUGGGCAGGACUACGAGGUGAUGAUGCAGAUUGACUGCGAAGUGAUGGACACCAGGAUCCUCCACAUCAAAAGUUCAUCUGUCCCUCCAUACCUCCGAGAGCAGCGCAGAAAUCACAGCGACACCUUCUACAGCUCGUCCCCGUCCGUCCCAGAGACGCCCCAUGCCCUGAGGGCCAUUGUCAAAUCCCUGCAGUAGCUCUUGUGGCAGCGCACG